AUGGCUCCUCCCUGCUGAAAGCAAUAAGCUCUGACAUACACAAAAAACCUCUUCUAAACCUUUCUGACAUCUCAGCUGCAAAACCUCCAACUCACUGAUACAGUGAUACUGAGAAUGGAAACAAAAGUGUUCACCUGGGUUUUGUGUGCCUGUUUGGUAACACUUCUAGUGCAUAAGACAUCAGCCGAAGACAAUACGGUAGGUGUAAAUGCAUUAUCGUCACAGAAAAAAGGAAUAAACGCUUUCACAUUUCUGUCACACGAUCCCUCUCAGCAAGUUAAUGGAAGUAAUUCUGAGCAGAUGACUAACCAUACAAAUACAAAUACAACUCAAAAAAGUAUUUUGGAAACAACCAUUGCGCCGAACCUUGUGGAGCAGAACAAUGGGAAACAAAACCACACAUAAGUCUCAGACACAACUCAAGGGUUACAAAACCCUAAAGUCAAGUUAUGAUUAAAGACAAGAGAACUGGAAAACAACCUGUUUAACAGUCUACGCUUCUGAAAUGACACGCUUUGAUGUUUGUUGAACAAAUUACCUUUGUAUUGCACAAUAUGCAACAUCACAUGUUAAAAAAAUGUGCCUGUGUAAAGCACAAGAAAAAAAAAAUGAAUGUGCUGUGCUACACAGUAAAUGAUACAAAAUUUUGAGUAGCUUGUAUUAUUAUAGCACAGUAUAUUGUUUACCAAGUAAAGUUAAAAGGUUAAAAAAACAAUUUUAUUAGCCUAUGCAUGCUUAGCCAGUGUAUGCUUAUCAAAAUUGUAAUUUUCAUUAUUUGGUGAUAAUGUCAAGAUUAAUUAAACUGUCCACUGCAGAAAUUGUUCCUGUAUAAUAACUCAUUUAAAAUCACACCUCUAACUGUAAUCAUCUCAAACUGUGACAAUCCACUGAUUAUUUGUUCUUAAAUAACAUAAUAUAAAAAAUACAUGAAGUAGCCAACAAGCCUACAAAACUACCAAUGUUAAAUGCCAAGAGAAUCUGAUUUAUAAUCUCUUGAAUAGAGGUUUAAACCCUAACGCCAGACGUUGUAAAUGAAGACAUCACAAAACAAAUAGUCUGUUGAUAAUUUAGGCCUAUUCCUGCGCAUGUUCUUGUGUUUGUAUCUCUUCACAAAUUACUUCAUAUAUUAUCCAAAAGUAUAUUCCAUAUGUUUGUCAAAAAAGGAUUUGCAUCUGUAUGGUCUCUACGGUCAUGGUUAAGAUGGGAUAACCAGACCAAUCCAGCAGAUAUAUUUCAGGGAUUAUUUUAGCAUGCCCCUAAUCUAAUUUGACCUGAGACAGAGGAGACUAACAAUUGCCUGACUAAUCCUUGUUUACAUUUUUAUUAUAUAUGAUUAGAUUGAAACUUUAGAUUUUAUGUAUUCAAGUUAAUUUAGUUAGUUAGUUUAGUUAGUUAGUUAAAUGUUGGCUGACCAUUACAAGAACCACAGCAAACGCUGAACUACAACCUGCCCCUCAGGGCCUGGCCUGUCAUUCAGGCACAAACACACACGCAUACACAAAGAGAAAGGAUAGAGACAGAAAGUGAGAGUGAUGGAAUAAGAAAAAGGGGAGUUCUGGAGGAGGCAGUGACGUAUUCUCAGGCCCCAGCAUCUCCGCACCUCUCAGCAGCAUGUAAUGAGCUUAACAACACGGCUUCAGUGCAAAGGGGUCAAUCGCUUGGAUUAUCACACUCCACUUUGACAUCACAAUCCUCCGCACCUUUCUGUUUUUAUGUUCUUUUCUGGAAAACUUUCGAACCUUUUGUAACCUUGACCUUUUGCAAUUUUUAUUUUUCUUUCUUCAAUUUUUAUUCUUGUAUGUGAAAUUUUAAUUUUCAUCACAGAUUCAGAGGGGACCGGCAGCUCAAAUAUGGACCGUAGUUUACUCCAGCUAAGACAAAGGCUGUAUAAGAGUUGUUGAGUUUGAGGGUGGAUGGUACCUUUGGGAACAGGGAUUCUCCCUUGUUACCUUUGAAAACAUAACCCAAUGCCACUGUCCAACAACAAGGUCGCUGACGAUGGAACUUCAGCACAGCCACUGCAAGAGGGAAAAGCAAUGGUGGACUCCCUCAUCAAGGUGGUGGCAUGUUAUCGGCACUUGGCCUCCUGUGUUGGUGGAUGCACGGACAACUCCAGCCUACGACGCGAUCUUCGCCAAACACGAGAACGAGCCCAGGCGCUUGCGCUAUCCUGCCGAAACCACCUGACAGCCCGACUGAGGGAUAAAACAUUACCGGAGGCUGAGAGGAAGGAAACAGAGCUGCUAUGGGUGGCAUUCUCCUCUUGUCUGGAGCUCUUACAUGCAGACAUGUGCAAGGUUUUCACCAUGGCUAAGCACUUUUCCCUGGCCAAUAACAGUACCAUGGUGCAAACAGGCAUACAGGGGGGGACAACAGAGGUGGCGGCACGGGCCUUGAGCCUGCCUGACCUGAAGGAGGCAGGUGACGGUACCCAGACAUCCAGCAUGGAGGGUCAGGAGCAGAGUCAGCUGGAGCAAGAGAUCGCACAGGUGGACCGUACACUGGAGGACAUGGAGCUGAAGGUCAAUGUGCUGCGCUGGACAGUGGAGGCACUGGGUCCUCAGUAUGCUGACCCCGUCAGCACUGACAGCGCUUCGCUAGCGCUGCUGUCCAUCGACGAAGAGGCAGCUCAAGGCUUUUGCAGUCGUAGCCAGAUGUUUGCAAUAAUGAUGCUGUGUGGUGUGGCGAUCUUUGCUGUGGUGCUGUCAGUGUGUGUGGUGUUCCUGGUCUAAAGUCGCUUGUGAUAUGUAGGCUUUUCAUUUUCUCAGAGAUCUCUUCAAAUGUGUUCAGCCAAACAUCAACAGUCUGUGCACUUAUUAACUACGUAACAGUUCCUUACUGUUGAUCCCAACAGAGCCUGUGAGUCCUUUGUACAAAUCAAAAAACUUUGCCAUUAACUUUGGGUGUGUGAUCUUUUAUAGCAAAAGAAAGCAGGGUGAAUGAAUCUUCGCUCUAAUACAGAACUCAAAUGUAAUAUUUGGGCAAGUAGUAGAAUCUAAUUUACUUCUCAUUUACUGAUACUGAUAAGUUCUGUUUCAUCAUGUUAUACCUUCAGAUCUUUACUCAUGAUCUGUUUUUGACUAUACCAAAUACAGUAUCAACACUCACACAGCAUUUGAUCCUUUAACUAUUACGUAGCAAGUCUGUAAUAUCUUCUCACAACACCACCAACAGAUAAGCAUAGGGCUUUAUUAUAUCCACGUUUUUAUCUAUUGUGACUUUUAAUUAUUUAGUUCACGUCAAAUGUUUAGAAACCUGUUUAGAAAUAGCCAGAAACAAUUAAAUUGUUUGUUUUAAAAUGUUAGUCAUAAAAUGCUAGUUAGUACUCAGUCACUAGUUAUGAACAAGUAGGAGUUAAUUGGUAAUGAAAUAUAGGUAAGAAAAAGUUUACAGAAGAAGACUGAAAUAUUGUAAUUACCUCAAUUUGAAGGUUGCUUUUUCAAGGACAUUUGAAAAAGAUUAUUUCAGUGGUGUUGUUUUACAGAGUAUUUUGAGACAAUGUUAAUAAUCCCUGUUUUCCUUCAUUCACUGUAGUGUUUUCACUUUCAAAUAUCUCAUGAACAUUAUAUUUUGUAAAAUAAAUAAAUAAAUGCUUUUUAAAAUAAACCAUUAGAACCAGUUUACUUAAUGUGUAAUAAGAUCUGUCAGGCAAAAUCAGACAUAGAGUCAGUCUCUACUGUUUCUCUCUGAUUUUUUUUUUUUGUCACACACACACACACACAUGUUGUGUUUCCAUGUUUUACGGGGACAUUCCAUAAGCGUAAUGGCUUUUAUACUGUACAAACCGUAUUUUGUAUUGCCCUACACCUAAACCUAGCCCUUACAGGAGACUGUGCACACCUUUACUUUCUCAAAAAAACUCAUUCUGCAUUAUUUAUAGGCCUGUUUUCUCAUGGGGACCUCAUAAAUGUCCCCACAAGGACAUUUGGUCCCCAUAACGUGAUAAAUACCAGGUACACACACACAUACACACACGUCUGGUUUGCCAUCCUUGUGGGGACUCUCCAUAGGCAUAAUGGUUUUUAUAGUGCACAAACCAUAUAUUCUACCCUUACAAAAAUUAACCAUGGUUUUACUAAAAAUAACACACAAACACACACAAAAAACAUGUUUACUGUACUUAAACCAUAGUAACUACAAAUUUUGGUUUUUAACCAUGGUAUUUGUAGUAAAACUGUGGUUGUACAAUUGGUAAUCAAUGCGCCAAAAAACAUGGUUACUACAUUUUUACUAUAACAAAACCAUGGUUAAUUUUCGUAAGGGUCGCCCUACACUAACCCCACACAUACACCUAGCCCUCACAGGAAACUUUCUGCAUUUUUACAUUCUCAAAAAAAAAAAAAAUCAUUCUGUAUGAUUUAUAAGCUUGUUUACCCAUGGGGACUGUGUGUAUUCAAGUUUAAGUCCCACCAGGAUAUAAACACAUA